AUGAACAAGAAACUGUGCAUUCUGCUCGUCCUGGCUGUCCUGUGCGCGGCCGUUAGUGCCGGCAAGGAUGACAACAAGGGUAAACCGAAGGAGUCUAAGGAGUCGAAGGAAUCGAAGGAGUCCAAGGAGUCUAAGGAAUCGAACGAAAGCUCAUCGAAGGAAGUAACGGAUGCACCGGUGGAGACUACUGUUGCACCAGAGGAGACUACUGUUGCGCCAGUCGAGCAGACCACGGAACUCGUCGUUGAUACCACAACCGAGGCCGCCGCAACGGAAGCAGCCGUAACGGAAGCCAUCGUGGAAGCGGUUGCAGCGGAGCCUACGAAGGAAGAACUGGCCGCCCUGUGCAAGGGAGUCAUCGUCGAUCUGCUACCGUAUCCGACCAGCUGCACCAAAUUCGUCAUCUGUGUGCUUGGCAAGCUGAACGUGCAGUCGUGCGGACCGAACCAGGUGUUCUAUCCUAAGCUGAAGAUCUGUGGAUUCGGCGACUCGACCAAAUGCUAA